CAAAUCUACAUUUUCAACCAGAGCAAAUCAACACAUCAUACCAACAUAGUCGCAUACCCACAGCAACGACGCUGCAACAUCUACGCUCUCCUUGUUGACAGGUCCUCUCUCUACCGCGCCAGCCCCAGCUCCAGCUACGGGCCAUCUCGUCAUUCUAACGAGCAUUUCCUCUGGAGCUGACACCACCAACAGAACCCCCACCUCCCGCAUUGCGCACACGCCUUCGGUCAGUUGCAGAACGACGCUGCAUCAUGAGCUCAUGAGAAUGGAGAACCCUUUAUCUACUCAAGAGCAGCAGCUCUGCCAGCUACUGGCAGAUCUGCCCGCGCGAUUCGACUAUCGCUAUACAGAGGAAGCUUCCCGAGAGCUCCUAACCAGCCUGUUCUGGUCGUUGGCUGGCGGCAACCAUGAAUACAUGCGACUUCUGUUCCCCGAGGGCAGACCGUCCGACAGUCUGAAGCUUGGUGAUGCUCAGGGCGCUGUAGAAGGUGCCGAAUACACAGAGGCGGCUCGAGGGAAGCGAUGUGGUCACAUCUUCAAGCCUGGUGAGGCAUCCUAUAUGUGCAGGACAUGCGGGACGGACGAGACAUGCUGCCUGUGUAGCCGAUGCUUUGAUGCAACAGAUCACACGGGGCACAUGGUGAGAAUCCAGAUCUCAGUGGGAAACAGUGGCUGCUGCGACUGCGGAGAUGAUGAAGCUUGGAAAACGCCCCUGUUUUGCACUAUCCACUCUGAUGUGGCCUCUGGUUCUCACACGAGCGGUGCCGGAAAACCUGCCUCGCUUCCUGAAGAUCUCGUCAACGGCGUACAGAUGACGAUUGGCAGAGCCUUCGAUUAUAUCUGCGAUGUUAUAUCUUGUUCGCCCGAGCAGCUGCGUCAGACAAAAACAAAGGAUUCAAUCCUAAAGGACGAAGAAGCAUCUCGUUUAAAAUCAACAUAUUAUGGCUCCGAUACCCAGGCUUGCACUGAUUUUUCACUAGUGCUAUGGAAUGAUGAAAAGCACACGGUUGAUGAAGUUAGAGAUCAGGUAGCUAGGGCCUGUAGGAAAACUCGGAAACAAGCCAAUAAUGACGCCUGGGAAACCGACGCAGUUGGACGAAGCCUUUUGGUUUUUUCAGACAAUGUCGAACGGCUGCUACAAAUGUCCAAGACAUUAGAGUCUAUCAGAGUCACAGUCACCAUCCGAUCAGCGAGAGACACGUUUCGUGAGCAGAUGUGUGGUACUUUGAUCGAGUGGCUAAGUGAUAUAUCUGGUUGCUCAGUUGGCCAUGAUAAUCACAUCCUUCGACGAACCAUAUGCGAGGAGCUGAUGAGGCCAUGGAGGAAAGGAAGCGCCGCAACCCAUACUCUAGGCCUUAUCGACGACGAGGAGGCAGAUGACCAGCGCCUUGAGACGAGAGCUAGGAUGCACAAUGUCAACGCGCGGUUUAUUCUCGCCCUACAAGCUGCCGCCGGUGCCCAGGGCCUAACAUUGGAUCCUGAUGACGGAGAUGAUGAUGACGAUGACGACGACGACGCCGAUAUGGAUGAUGACGAGGAUGAUGAGGACGAUGAGAAUCGUUCCGUCUCGGAUGACGAUGACGUUAUGAUGGUAGACGCACAGGGAGAUGUUCCUGAACUAGACAUGACAAUAAGGCCCAACGAGGCUUUGGAGGAGGACGAGGCCACUCUAGCUGGAUACCCUCCGCCGCCUCCACCUCCACCUGUUCCUGCACCUGCCGCCGAACAGGCACAGGAGCAAACGACUCAGACUACUCAGCAGCGUGAGAGUACGCCAUCCGAUUCUGACAUGCAGGAGCCUCUCAUUUCUCAAAGUAUAUACUCCAAAGCGAAUGUGAAAAUUCCCAAAACACCUGGCAAGAUGGAAAAGCUACUGCCAAAUCCUGGACUCUACUGGCUCGAGACUCCGGCGGCCUAUACACAAUCGGGCAACGUGCCACCGGCGGAGGAUGUUUUCCAGCGUGUUCGCUUAGACUGGCUGCUUCUUUUCGACUUACGAAUGUGGAAAAGGGCCAGAAAUGACCUCCGUGCACUCUACAUUUCGACAGUAGUCCAGAUUCCAGAAUUCAAACGAGUUGUGGCCCUUCGAUUCGCUAGCCUCUACACCAUCCUAGCCCAGCUGUAUCUCGUUGGCGAUAGGGAGCCAGAUCAUUCCAUCAUCAAUCUCUCUCUCCAGAUGCUGACGACGGCAUCCAUCACUGCAGAAGUAGUGGAGAGAGGCAACUUUUUGACCAGCUUGCUGGCAAUUCUGUUUACAUUCUUGACGACCAGACAAGUUGGUCACCCUUGGAAUCUCUCCCCUGUUGCUGUUCUUGCCUUUGAUAGCGGAUCCGUCACGAAUAGGCGCAUGUAUCACUUCUACCAAGAUCUGAAAUAUCUCUUUAGCUCUCAGCAUGUUCAAGAGCGACUCAGAAGUGAACCAAGAUACCUGAUGCAAUUCCUAGAUUUGGUGAAGCUUCACCAAGGCAUUGGACCCAAUGUUCGCGCAGUCGUCGAGCACGUUGAAUAUGAAGCUGAUUCCUGGAUUACGGCCUCUCUGGUUACCAGGCAGAUCAACUUGCAAGCAAGGAACUUGGCUGAGGCGUUUCGCAAUUGCCCGCCCAACGAGAUACGCAAUCUCAUGAACGCCAUCCGCCUGGCCGCCAAAGCUGCCACGUUCAACUCCGUUGGUGCGGAUCGACUCAGGUUCAAACAAGCGGAAAUCAAAGACGAAGUAAAAUUCAAGACGAUGAGUGACUUGGAGUUCGAUGUCGAAGGCAAAUCGUAUGAUGUUGUCAAAUUCGUCGUCGAGAAAGAUGCCAUCAGCUUCCACCACGGGCUGCAUUACACCUUGUCUUGGCUAAUCGAGUGUGGAAGGUCUCUUCCGGCAUCAAAAAUGCGCGCUCUCUUGAGCUUCACCAGGCAAGAGCUCAAGUCAAAGCCAAGGCUCAUGACAAUAGGGCCUUUGCAGAUUCCCAAGAAGGAGUACAGCCCGGAGGACUAUUUAAUGGCCGUAUUUGAUUACCCCCUCCGAGUCUGUGCUUGGUUGGCCCAGAUUAAGGCGAAUAUGUGGGUUCGAAAUGGCAUUAGUCUUCGUCAUCAGGCGAGUACAUAUCGCGGUGUCGGGCAGAGAGAUGUUUGUCACCACCGAGACAUUUUCCUUUUGCAAACGGCAAUGGUAGUUUGUGAUCCCUCUCGUGUCUUGGCAUCCAUUAUCGACCGAUUCGGAAUGGAAAAUUGGGUAAAGGGUAUCUUUGAAGUUCUAUCAGAAGCUCAAGAUGAUACUCAACACCUCGACGUUGUUGAAGAUAUGAUUCAUCUUCUCAUUGUUCUCCUGAGCGACCGCACUUGCUUGAUUGCUCCAGAGGAUGAACCAAAUUCUCGUCUGCUGGCCAUGCGCCGGGACAUCAUUCACGUCUUGUGUCUCAAGCCACUGUCGUUUAACGAGAUUUGUCAGAAGCUUCCAGAAAAAUACCAAGAGUCAGAAGAGUUCCAACAAGUCUUGGAUGAAAUGGCCACUUUCAAGCCACCGGAAGGCGUAUCUGAUGUGGGCACUUUUGAACUCCGACAAGAGUUCAUUGAAGAAAUCGACCCCUACAUCGCGCACUAUAACAAGAAUCAGCGCGAGGAGUCUGAACUUGCUUACCGCAAAAAGAUGGCCAAGAAGACGGGCAAGACUGUGGAAGAAAUUGUAUUUGAACCUAAGCUUCGACCGAUACCGUCUGGUCUAUUCCAACAUCUCGCAGAGUUCACCAGCACGGGUGUUUUCGCACAGGUCAUUUACUACUCAUUGUUGUACGCUCUAAGCGCGCACAAGUUUACACCGCUUGUGCCCAGCACUAGGAUUGAAACAUUUUUGCAGGUUGUUCUUCAUCUCGUUUUGCUCGCCACCAUGGAAGAUGACAGCGCUGAGGUUGAUGCUUCGGGGAAACCCUCCAAAUCAUUUGUCCACACGGCGCUCACAAGAGUCGCCCGAAGCAACUUUAUGCCUGACGCAAGUAACGCCAGGACCAUUGUUUCGCUCUUGGACAUGCUAUCUACCAAUGAAGACUUCAAGGCAGUACAUCCCAAAAUUUCUCUCGUCCUCAAGCGCCUUAAGCAGAAACGACCAGGGGCGUUUAAUGCAGAGUUUGUAAAGCUUGGACUGCCCGUAGAUCGCAUCAGUACUGCGUCUCCGGCAAACAUAUCUGCCGACGAAGAGCGCGAAAGAAGAAAGCAAGCGGCAAUGAAUCGCCAAGCAAAAGUCAUGGCACAGUUUCAGCAGCAACAGAAGAGCUUCUUGGAGAACCAAGGAUCCAUUGACUGGGGAUCGGAUCUCGACGAGGACGACGAAGAGGACAUGGAACAGGCCGAAGACCGCAAGCACAACUGGAAAUACCCGACGGGGACUUGCAUCCUGUGUCAGGAGGAGGCUGACGACCGACGUCUAUAUGGUACUUUUGCCCUCUUGAAUGAGAGUCUCAUCCUUCGUCAAACGGAUUUCCAGGACCCCGAUCUCGUUCGGGAAGCUUCACAGACUCCAUGUAAUCUCGACAGGUCAGCAGAGGACAUUCGCCCCUUUGGUAUAGCUCAAGAAAACAGAAAGAUGGUGGAAAAGUUGAAUUCCCAUGGAGAGACAUUCCUCGCCGAACGGCAGACCAUUGGUAGGGGAUUCGAUGCCUCACUUUCUCGAGCCGGACCAGUGGCCAGCAGCUGUGGGCACAUGAUGCAUUAUCGUUGUUUCGAGCAGUACUACGAGGCAACCAAUCGUCGACAUACCCACCAGAUCGCGCGGCACCACCCCGAGAACAUUCUUCGAAACGAGUUUGUGUGCCCUCUUUGCAAGGCCCUGGGCAAUGCUUUUGUUCCUAUCGUCUGGAAAGGACUGGAGGAAUCAUACCCUGGAAAUCUCCAAGCAGAGGAGAGCUUUGAGGAUUUCCUAGACAAGCAAAUAUCAUCCUACCCAUUCGGCGGUAGCAAGGCUCGUGAAGUAGAUGAUUCGAAGCUGCCCGACAUUGACACGCCAAGUCUCCCCGGAAGCCUGCUGCAAACACUGACGCCGUCAAAGCCUCGCCUGGAACCGAUCUGGGUUAAAGAUGAACUAGACGCACGAUCAUCAGCGACGCUGGGAGCAUCAGGUAGCUCUUCAGCCGCGGCCGCGGCCGCGGAGACGUCAGAAGCAGGCGCUAAUCAACCACCUGGUGCUGGUAACAGUCAGCUAUUCUCGGAACUUUUAUCCGCCUACCAUCGACUGAGGGAUACGCUGGUUGUCAAUAAGCUAGACACUCGGUACCCAGUAGAUAAGAUGCAAGCAGGCGAUGAACUCCACGCAAGUGAUACGCUGGUUCAAGUUGUUGGAUUCUCGAUUUCCGAGGUGGAAAUCCAGCAGCGUGGAAUUGAAGCUCAGCCAGGAAUGACCUUGAUUGAGAAGAUCCCAGAACAGGUAAUAGCUCAUUUGCGAAUUCUUGCGGAAACAACCUCGGCAUACAUUAAGAUAGGAGGCCGAAACCCGCAUCCUGGAGGUCGAAUAGAAAGCGAGUUCAUUGCAGAUGCUGAGCAGCAGCACGGCCAGCUGUUCAUGGCGCAGCAUUUCGGAGCAGAGGCUGGCGAUGCACGUCGCCGGCUGUACAGCUACCCGCCGCUGCUGACGACAGACCCCUUCAUCUUCUUGGUAGAAUGCAGCUACGCAUUGGUGCCGGCCGGAAAAGUCGACAUCAUGCAUGUUGUCAGGCUCUGCUACUUGGCUGAGAUUGUAAAGGUGGUCUUCCACAUGGGCCGCAACAUGCCUGUGGGCUUGUGGUUUGGUACGCUGGCAAGCCGGCAGACUCAAGAUCCAGCCAUGAAUAACUUUGCCGAUUUUGCCUUGGCCCUGAGCAAACUUAGCGUGGAGUUCCAGGCAAUGGCUGGCAUCGAUGCCAUGGCUCCAGAAUUGGGAGAAAACCGAGGCUUCCAGCAGCCAGGAGUUGAUACUUUGGAGGGGUGGUAUUCGUUUGUGAAGAAGUACGCAUCGGUGUUUUUGCGAAAAUGCGUGAUAUUCCUCCAUGUCAAGUACGGUGUGGACUUUAACAGUCACGUCUCGUCCGAUGCCGGCGCUGAUGAACUGGACCGCCUCACGGAGGCGCUGCGGCUGCCGACGUUUGAUGAAAUGUGCGCAGUCAUGACGGUGGAUUCGACGACGUGUGGAUGGCCCAGCACUACCCCGGGGUUGGUGACAGGUUGGGUGAAGCACCAAGUGCUCUGGACUAAAGGUUAUCCUACCUCGAUCCCCUCAGCGGUAGUCAGUCAUCCCGGCAUAUUCGAGUUGAUUGGGCUUCCGCGAACAUUCGACACGUUGAUCGAGGAAGCAACAAGAAGAAAGUGCCCAACGACGGGCAAAGACCUCACAGACCCGAUCAUUUGCCUCUUCUGUGGAGAGUUGCUCUGCAGCCAGGGCACAUGCUGUCAGAAGCCUGAUACGGAUGGUUCCAAGAUUGGCGGUGCCCAGCAACAUAUGCGAAGAUGUCAGAGAAAUAUCGGAGUGUUUCUUAACGUACGCAAAUGUUCUACAGUCUAUCUGUUCCACAAAUCGGGGUCGUUUACGCCUGCACCGUACAUUGAUAAAUAUGGCGAGACGGAUCCCCAGCUACGCCAUGGCCGUCAAUUGUUCUUGAAUCAGAAGAGAUACGAUACCAUGAUCAGAAACACGGUGCUCAAACAUGGAGUUCCAAGUCUGAUUAGUCGAAAGUUGGAAGCAGAGAUUAACAAUGGCGGCUGGGACACCUUGUGAGACUGACUGUUGGAAUCGUAACCCGAGAGGGGAUAAGUGUAAUGAAAUGUGGAGGGAAUGUUGUUGCUUCGAUUUACUCCUGGCGGUAUCGGGAUGAUCCAUUGUUGGCGUAUGGGGUGAAAUUCGAAUGUUUCUAUAUGUGCUUAUACAAGGAAACGUUUGGGUGUUUCAGUGUAUGUAGGAAACGGCAGAAUAUUACAGGUUUGAAUUAUGUUUGAUUCAAAGCAUUGGAACGAGCUCUUUUGUCAGUUCUUCGGGUGCAAUUCUUUGGUGAAUUUGAAUCUAUUCAU